AUGUUGACAAAAGCAGUUCGGGCCACUCUGCCCCUCAAUUGCCGCCGUAUCUCCGUUCCCGCGGUCCGCACCCUCAGCUUGCUUGCAUCUCCACGCCGUUCCGUUCCGGGUGCUCGGCAUUCGAUUGUCCCUAGCACCGUCUCUUCGUCUUUUUCUCGUCCAAUGUCGUCCGGCCACGGUGGAGAGUCUACCCUUCGUCCAGAACCCGACAAGGUUUUGCAGGACAUCGCAGACUAUGUCCACGGCUACAAAAUAAACUCAGAUUUGGCUUAUGAGACUGCCAGGCUUUGCCUCAUCGACACUAUUGGUUGUGGUCUCGAAGCCCUUCGUUUCCCAGAAUGUACCAAGUUGCUUGGUCCCGUCGUCGAAGGAACCGUUGUUCCGAAUGGAACCCGCGUGCCGGGGACUAAUUAUCAACUCGAUCCAAUUCGUGGUGCUUUUAAUAUUGGAGCAAUAAUUCGUUGGCUCGAUUUCAAUGACUGCUUUUUGGCUGCAGAGUGGGGUCACCCUUCUGACAACCUCGGUGCCAUCCUCGCUGUCGCGGAUCAUCUUGCCCGUCAAGGCCAGCCUCUCAAGGUCCAUGACGUAUUGGAAGCUAUGAUCAAGGCACACGAGAUCCAAGGCUCCAUUGCUCUACUCAACUCGUUCAACAGGGUUGGCCUUGAUCAUGUGGUCCUCGUCAAGGUUGCUUCCACCGCCGUUGUGUCCAAGCUUCUUGGGCUUAACCGUGAUCAAACCAUUGACGCGGUUUCUCAAGCUUGGGUUGACGGCCAGUCUCUGCGCACAUACCGUCAUGCUCCCAACACCGGCCCGCGCAAAGCGUGGGCCGCAGGCGAUGCCUGCUCUCGUGCUGUCAACCUCGCCUUGAUGGUCAAGAAGGGUGAAAAGGGUUUACCGUCCGUUCUGACCGCCAAGACCUGGGGAUUCUACGAUGUUCUGUUCAAGGGUAAACCAUUUGAGUUCCAAAUCCCGUAUGGGUCGUAUAUUAUGGAGAACGUCCUUUUCAAAAUCUCCUUCCCCGCGGAGUUCCACGCGCAGACGGCCGUCGAGGCAGCCCACAUAAUCCACAAAAAACUCAAAGACCUUGGCAAGACCGCUGAAGACAUUAAGAGUGUCAGAAUUCGCACUCAAGAAGCUGCUAUCAGGAUUAUCGAUAAGCAAGGUCCUUUGGACAACUUUGCAGAUCGCGACCAUGCCAUCAACUAUAUGGUAGCAUAUCCCCUCAUUUUCGGCGAGCUCACUUCUGAGAGCUACACCGAUGCAUCCGCCGCCGAUCCUCGCAUAGAUGCCCUCCGGGCUAAGAUCUACUGUGUAGAGGAACAGAAAUUCAGCGUUGAAUACCACGAGCCUUCCAAGCGAUCUAUCGGCAAUGCCCUUCUGGUCGAACUCAACGAUGGAACGGUCCUCGAUGAAGUCGAGAUUGAGUACCCCGUGGGUCACAAGAGGAGAAGGGCGGAAGGCACUCCCUUGUUGAUUAAUAAAUUCAAACGGCAUAUCUCGUACCACUAUGACGAGGUCCACCAAAAGAAGAUUCUGGACACUGUGUCCGACGCUUCUUCCCUGGAAAGAAUGCCUGUUGAUAAAUUUACAGACUUGUUCGUUAAGGCGUAG